AUGGGGAGGCCGCGGAAGACCAAGGCCGCGCCGGAGCCAGCAGCCCCCGCCUUCUCGAUCGGCAACUGCAAGGUGGAGAUCCGCGGGAGCGGAUUGCGGUGCGAGACGACGGAGCAGGGUCUGACGAUCUCCGGGCCCAGGGGCGCCAAGGCCGUCGUCUCUGUUUCUGGGGAUCAGAGGAGCGCUUCGAAUGGCGUCGGUGAGGGCUCUCAGUUCAUCCUCCUCAAUCCAAGCGAUGCAGAUAGCCAAACCAAGUCCUUGCUUCAGAAAGUAUUAAUGCUUUACAAGCAAGAACUUCCUACUAUGGACUACGCUGCAGACACUGAGAGGAAGUCAGGGUUUCUUGAAAAAUGCACAACUAAUGGGAAAUACAAGACUCUAAUUCUGAUGUCUAGCUCUGUGGCACAGCAUGAAGAGGUCAUAGCUACUGUAUCAUAUCAGAUUGUGCCAGCUGACACUCAGUAUGCUGAAAUACCUCUGGCAGUUGUGAGAUCAUCUUAUCAACGUGUGGGUAUUGGCCAGCUCUUAUAUAAGGAACUAUCGCAGAGGCUUCAGAAUGUUGGUGUCACAUCCAUUUUCUGCUGGGCAGAUAAGGUCUCCGAGGGUUUUUGGCUAAAACAGGGUUUUGUAUCUAUUGGAGAAGUGGAUACUAAAGGUAUGUCUCCUGGUGAUACCAAUGUUCUCUCAUCUGAGAACAUGGUCCUCCAGACAUAUAAACGCCGUGUCAGAAAGACUGCAAAGGUGAUAACAAAUGAAGUUUGCAAUGCUUAUGGUGAAAGUUCAUUAUCUGAGCAAGAGCCAAAGAAACGUAUUUCCCCUGGAAAUUCACUGCAUCUAAUUCGUAAAGAACAUCACAUUCCUAGCAUGGGAGGUAAUUUUGAAAGCAAAAUGUCUCGAGAUGACAAGGCCGUUAUCUAUUCCAAUGGAAGCCCUACAAUUAUGCUCAUGAAUAUUGCAGACGAACAGAAGAAGGCACGCCUUACAAAGGUCAUUGAAACGCUUAGGGGGUUUGUUACUUGCGAUGGACAUUCAUGCACACAUGUUGUUACUGGAAAAGCUCGCAGGACUAUGAAUUUCUGUAUUGCUUUGAGCUCUGGUGCUUGGAUAAUUUCCCCAAACUGGCUAAAAGAAAGCUUCAGAGAAGGGCAGUUUGUAGGAGAAGCACAAUAUGUUCUGGAAGAUGAAGAAUAUAGUAUGCAAUAUAAGUCUGAACUUAGAGAUGCAGUUAUGAGAGCUAAAGAAAGGCCUAACUCCUUAUUUGCUGGCUAUACUUUCUGUCUGUCAAAGCACAUCCAGCCCUCUUUUGAUGUUCUCUCAGCCAUUAUUAAGUCUACCGGAGGCAAGAUCAUAAAGAAACUGAGUGAGUUAGAUGAGCCGUCCCAGACAAUCUUUUUGGUCUGUGAAGAGGAGGCAGAACUUGCAUUGGCUGCAGCAAAAAGUGGCAUCAAAACAUUCAGCAGUGAUUGGUUCAUGAGCUGUGUCAUGAAACAGGAACUUGACCUCGAGGUGCCUCAGUUUAUUGUAUCUCUAUGA